AUGGAGCCUACCAAAGUCCAGUCAGAGGGUGGCCUCAAUGUCACCCUUACCAUCCGCCUCCUCAUGCAUGGAAAAGAGGUUGGAAGUAUAAUUGGAAAGAAAGGAGAAACAGUAAAAAAGAUGCGAGAAGAGAGUGGAGCACGAAUCAAUAUUUCUGAGGGAAACUGCCCAGAGAGGAUUGUCACCAUCACAGGACCAACAGACACAAUCUUCAAGGCUUUUGCUAUGAUUGCCUACAAAUUUGAGGAGGACAUAAUCAAUUCCAUGAGCAACAGCCCAGCAACCAGCAAGCCUCCAGUCACCUUAAGGCUUGUUGUGCCAGCCAGCCAGUGCGGCUCCCUCAUAGGAAAAGGAGGAUCCAAAAUAAAAGAAAUGAGAGAGUCCACAGGGGCCCAGGUUCAGGUGGCAGGGGACAUGCUGCCCAACUCCACAGAACGUGCAGUGACAAUCUCUGGGACCCCUGAAGCCAUCAUCCAGUGUGUCAAACAAAUCUGUGUGGUCAUGCUGGAGUCCCCACCAAAAGGUGCCACCAUCCCUUAUCGCCCAAAGCCUGCCUCCACCCCCGUCAUUUUUUCAGGUGGCCAGGCCUACACAAUUCAGGGACAGUACGCCAUACCACAUCCAGAUCAGUUGACCAAGCUCCACCAGUUGGCUAUGCAGCAAACCCCCUUUACCCCUCUCGGACAGACCACCCCUGCUUUCCCUGGUUUGGAUGCCAGUCCACCAGCCAGUACCCAUGAACUCACCAUUCCCAAUGAUCUAAUAGGCUGCAUCAUUGGACGCCAGGGAACCAAAAUAAAUGAGAUUCGACAGAUGUCUGGGGCGCAGAUCAAAAUUGCAAACGCCAUGGAGGGCUCAUCAGAGCGCCAGAUCACCAUUACAGGGACUCCUGCUAAUAUCAGCCUGGCCCAGUAUCUCAUCAAUGCCAGGCUGACGUCUGAAGUCACUGGAAUGGGCACACUCUAA